AUGGUACAGCCGACACCAACCGUAGUGGCCGCCAACCCCUUCGAUGCGGGAGCCGACAGCCAAGCUUUGCGUGCUGCAAUGAAGGGUAUGGGCACGGAUGAACAGGAAAUUAUUGACAUUCUUACUGCACGCAAUAAUGUUCAAAUGCAACAAAUCAAAGCGAGAUAUGAAGAAGAUUUUGAUAGGGAUUUAAUCGAUGACUUGAAGAGCGAACUGGGUGGAGCAUUUGAAGACGUUGUGGUAGCUCUCAUGACACCAUCCACUGAGUACUUAUGUAAACAGUUGCAUGAGUGCAUGGCAGGAAUAGGAACCGAUGAAGAAACUCUCGUCGAAAUUCUGUGUUCCAAAUCUAAUGAGGAAAUACAUGAAAUUGCGACAGUAUACGAGACUAUGUAUGAUCGACCGCUAGCUGAGCAUAUGUGCGGAGAAACUUCAGGUCAUUUCAGGCGGCUUUUAACCCUCAUCGUGACAGGCGUUCGUGAUGCCAAAGGAAUAGUUGAUGUCGAUAUGGCAAAAGAACAAGCCGCAGAGCUGUAUGCAGCAGGAGAAGGGAAAUUGGGGACCGAUGAAGAAGUAUUUAAUCGUAUAAUGUCUCACGCCAGUUUUGAUCAAUUACGUUUAGUUUUUGAGGAAUAUAAGCAUUUAACAGGUCUAACAAUAGAGCAAGCAAUUAAGCAUGAAAUGGAGGAUGAUCUACAUGAUGCCAUGAUGGCUAUUGUCGAAUGUGUACAGUCACCAGCUGCAUUCUUCGCAAAUAGACUUUAUAAAGCAAUGGAUGGCGCUGGAACAGAUGAUAGUCCUUUAAUACGCAUAAUCGUCUCUCGUUCUGAGAUUGAUUUGGAUACAAUAAAACGGGAGUUUGAACGAAUUUACAACAGGACUUUACACAGUGUCAUUACGAAUGAGACUUCUGGCGACUAUACAAAGAUAUUGACAGCUUUAAUUGGCGGAGCCUAA